CAUUAGCCCUGAGGGUCACUGCAGGGGGAGGUGCAGCAGAUUUUCUACAAGACCAGAGUCCAAAUCUAUUGUCUGUUCCCCCAUUCUGAUAGCCUGACAAUUUCAGUGACGCUUCAAAGAACUUGACAAUGUUAACUGGACAGUGAUGAUGGCUGCACAAGUCUCACUCUCCGCAGGCAGAACAAAGACCCGGCUGGAGCAGGCGGAAGCUGAGAUCCAGUCCACAAAUCUGUUUUCCCCAGAGAAUUUUGGAACCAUGCCUGAAAUGCCGGAGGACAUGGAACAGGAGGAAGUUAACAUCCCCAGUAGGCGGGUUCUGAUUACUGGUGCCACGGGGCUGCUUGGCAGAGCUGUAUACAAAGAGUUUCAGCAGAAUAAUUGGCAUGCUGUUGGCUGUGGUUUUAGAAGAGCGAGACCAAAAUUUGAACAGGUGAAUUUGUUGGAUGCUGCUGCAGUUCAUCACAUCAUUCAUGAUUUUCAGCCCCACGUUAUAGUACAUUGUGCAGCAGAGAGAAGGCCAGAUGUUGUAGAAAAUCAGCCAGAUGCUGCUGCUCAACUUAAUGUGGAUGCUUCUGGGAAUUUAGCAAAGGAAGCAGCUGCAAUUGGAGCAUUUCUAAUCUAUAUUAGCUCAGAUUAUGUAUUUGAUGGAACAAAUCCACCUUACAGAGAGGAAGACAUACCAUGUCCCCUAAAUCUGUAUGGUAAAACAAAAUUAGAAGGAGAAAAGGCUGUCCUACAGAACAAUUUAGGAGCUGCUGUUUUGAGGAUUCCAAUUCUAUAUGGAGAAGUUGAAAAGCUUGAGGAAAGUGCUGUGACUGUUAUGUUUGAUAAAGUGCAGUUUAGCAACAAGUCCGCAAACAUGGACCACUGGCAGCAGAGGUUCCCCACGCAUGUCAAAGACGUAGCCACAGUGUGUCGCCAGUUAGCAGAGAAGAGAAUGCUGGAUCCAUCAAUUAAGGGAACCUUUCACUGGUCUGGCAAUGAACAGAUGACCAAGUAUGAAAUGGCUUGUGCAAUUGCGGAUGCCUUCAACCUCCCCAGCAGUCACUUAAGACCUAUAACUGACAGUCCUGUCUUGGGAGCACAGCGUCCAAGAAACGCUCAGCUUGACUGCUCCAAGUUAGAGACCUUGGGCAUCGGCCAGCGGACUCCAUUUCGAAUUGGAAUCAAAGAAUCACUCUGGCCUUUCCUCAUUGACAAGAGAUGGAGACAAACGGUUUUUCAUUAGUCCAUGUGUGGCUUUUGUUUGUUCAUUUGUAUAGUAUGUGGCACUUUUUACAGAAAAAAGGAAAUAGUUUUGUACGAGUGCUCUUUAAUUGUGACUCCUGAGCUUUCAGGUAAAUGAUGCUCUUGCACUAGUGAAAUUUUUGUCUAAAGAAACCAAGGGCAGUAAUGCCUUGUUUGAAGUAAUGAUUUCUGUUUAUCAUUUGUUUGUUCUGGCUUCACUUACUGUUUGAGUGUAGUAAAUUAUGAUUCUUAAAUAUUUGAGAGCCAGGACAAAACUGAUCUGCUGUAGACUUUUUUUUUUUUUGGAUGAAAUGCAUUAUUCAUUCCAACAACCUCUACCUUUGCUGGACUUCACAACUGUUGAAUCUUUUACGUUUUAAGAUGUAUUGAAUAGGAUGAAAAUCAUUGUGUUCAUUAUCUGCUUUGCUUGAGCUCAGAUCAAAAUGUUUGAGGAAAGAAACUUUAUUUUUGCAGCGUCAGUUCAGUUUUUAUGCUUGAGAUAGUUCAGUGAGUUAUGUAUAUUGGAACUUCUCCAGCUUCAUGCCUCCCAAUUUUGUAGCAAUGUAUGGUGAGCCGUGGAGAGAGGAGGGGAAUGUGUGUGUGUGUGUACGUAUUUUUUUAAUAAUAUAUAAAAUUGUCAUUUCCACUCCAUGUCACUAAGUGCUAUUUCAUCUAUGUAAGUCUUUGGACCAUUCAUGAAUAAUAAUAAAUAUGUACUGCUGGCAUGGGAAUGCUUAAGUUCUCUUGUAUUUACUUCUGUUUUUUAAGUAUGUACCAAAGUUCUAGUUAUUUUGGUUGCUUUGAUUUUUAAAAUUUUCGUCCUUAUUUUCUGCCAUUUGAUGCCUACAGGAAUCAUAGUUAAUAUAUAUUGAGAUGCAAAACACAAUAAAGUAAACUUGGGGUGAGCCUACCCCAUGACAUCCAGAAUGCCAUAGAUAAAGUAAAUAAUAAGUAGAAUGUUCCUUCUGAAGAAGGCAGAGUGUGUUUGAAUGUAUUAUCUAUAUUAAGUAAAAUUGAGGUGACCUUAGACUCAACAAUAUUUCUGGCCCUUAGUAAUAAGGAAGCAGAAAGUUAGUGUCUUAUAUAAGUUGCCUGAUUCGGGAAUCAGUGCAAACACUGGUUUCACAUUUUCUGAUUUUACUUGUGGGUUAUUGUUUCCCUAGAUUAUACUCUUGUUCCUUUACUGGAUAGAAAAUACUUGUUUCUAUUUUCCUUAUUAGAAUUUUGGGUCCAGAAAGGAUCACAUUUAGGUGAUUGGAUUAAUGCACAAUUUCCAAACCACACUAGAUUUUAUGAUUAAGUAGGGACAUUUUACUGAUCUCUGAAUCUUGGCCAGUGAAAUAGACUUUCUGGGAUAGAGGUCUCUAGCUGAAUUUUAAAUACUAAGGUAGCCAGCCUCAUACUUGGAUUUGGCAACCUCUGAAUGAAAGUAUUCUGGAUCAGUUUUGUUUUUGUUCAUAUCUUUAUCUUUUUUUAGAAGUUACUUCAUUUCACCUGGUACAAAGUUCAGAGUUUCUGAGUGUUAAAAAGCCUCUCGUUUCUCCUCUAGCCACCUGUUUUCCAUCUGAGGGAACAAGCCUGUGUCGAUCCUGGUUUGUUUCUAGAAGCUCUCUGCAUAUAUGAGAAUAUACUCAAUGCAGCAUGUGUGUAUUUAUACUCUCACCACUCCGUUUUUGUUUAUACCCUUUUCUGCACUCCCCCGAACACACACACAUUUAACAGCCCUUGGAAUGUGUUGUUCUGUAUUAUAAAGAAUGUCCAUGUUUUCUUUUCUAUUUAUUCUGAAGUUUCAGUCUUAAAGAAAAAGAUGCCAUAAUAGCAUUUCUUCUUCCAGAUUUCUCAGUUGUCAACACUUAGUCACAUUUUUUUCUAUUUUCUCUCUUCAAACACAAGAUUUACUAUGUAUUUUUUCCCUGAGCCACUUAAUAAGUUGCCAACAUGAUGUUUAAUGACCCACUUAGGAAGUAAAAUCAGUGUAGAUUUUCAAAAAAUAAGGAUGCUCUUUCGCAUCACCCCAGUAACAUAACUAUUGAAAUCAAGAAGUUAGCUUUAGGGGCCUUCCCGGUGGCGCAGCGGUUGAGCACUGGGUUGCGAAGCGAAGCUGCUCGUUCAAUCCUCGGCUGCUCCCCGGCCACCAGAGGAGGGUCCCACAUGGCGUGCAAACCUCUCCUGCCGCCCGCUGCUCCCCUCAGCAGUGUACUUCGGUCCUUCUGCCUGUUCCGCUCCCUGCUCUGGCUCUGGUGAAUUCUCUCACCCGUGCUUCUGACUGUACCCAGUGCUUGUAUAAAUAAAUAAAUAAAUCUUUAAAAAAAUAAAUGCAAUCUGGGACAGUUCUUCCAUCUUAUUCUUUUGUGACUUUGACAUUUUGCCAUCUCUCUAUAAGAAACCAUUAAUUUCCAUUGAUACCUCUAGUCCUUUAAUAAAGGCCUUAAUUUCCCUCUAUUUCGGGAGCUCCUGUUAUUCUCAGUCUCUUUAAUCAUUUGCUCAAGUCAUCGGUAUGACCGUUCUGAUGAUGCCACGUCCCCACUGCACCCCUUCUACAGGUUCCAGGAACCAGCUGACCAUCCUUGAUCCUCAAGCCCUGGCCUGAUGGCAUUGAUUAUGUGGGUCACUAUUCUUGAUCAAGGACUCUAUCCCCAGCCCCACCUUCCCCGACAGGCACUGCACCAACAACCACACGGCCCUCACAGCAGAGCACCAAAGAGGAGGAACGAGGUGUUUUACAGCAGCAUUCAUUCCCUCGUGUUCAGGAAUGAACCACAAUUUUUAAAAAUUUGUCUCUUGGGCCUCCCUGGUGGCACAGGGGUUAAGUCUCAGCACUAUGAAGCUAUUGGCAGCCACUGCAGCACAAGUUCGAUCCCCCAGGGAGCUAACCCACAUGGCACAGUAGACCUCUCAUGUCUCGCCUGCUGCUCCCCUCAGCAGUGUGUUUCAGUAGAUCUGCCUGUUCUGUUCCCCACUCUGUCUCUGGUGAAUCCUCACAACCCCCACACCUCCACCUCUGACCUACAUCCCAGCUCUUCUCGGCAUACAUAAAUAAAUCUUUAAAAAUCAUUUUAGUCUCGUGAGACUUAAAGAUCAUAUACACUUACAAGUAUAUGCUACAGUAGGUCUGCAUAUCAGCCUGCAGUACAGGAAUUAAUUCAGAGAACAUUGAUUACUCAAGUAGGAAAACCUUUGCAAGAGGGAUCUGAAAGCAUGAGGAACAGAAUGUGCCUUAAAUAUUUCUCACACUUUUUAUGUUACCUGCUUAAAACACUGUCCAAGAUAGUUACGGAUGCUUAUUUCACAUGGGUUUUAAUAAUAGUAAUCACUUUGGCAACUUGGUGGAGUAAGUAAGAAACAUCCCACUCUCUUGUAACGAAAUCUUUGGAAAAAAUUGUGGUGUAAAUUAAAUCACAUCGCUUUGAAAACCAAAUUAUCAUUGGCAGUGAAUAUGACCGUAGGUACUAAUUCAAGUGGAUGGGCAGUCUGGAGAGAAAUUUCUGACUUAAGGUAUCAUUAGGCAGAGUGCACAGAAAUGAUCAGAUCUAGAUAGGAAUGGUGUGUUUCUAGCAAGUUACUGUUUCUUUACCUAAGCUUCACAUUAAGUGCAGGAUGGAAGGUGGUGGAGUUGGGGGGCAAGUCCACCUGUUUCACAGUUCUGUUGUGGAAACACCUAGAGCACAUGAUAAUCGAAUGGCGCUAUGAGCUUACAAAAUGCGUUGUGUGUGGGUGUGUGCUUGUUACCGUCAACAUUACCUUCACUUUCUGCCAUAAAUUUUCUCUAAUACAGAGGAUUACCAGUGGUCUUUGUGACUUUUAAUAUUUUCCAAAUUUUCUGCAAUGAGCACAUUUU